AUGUCGGACGAGUUGGGUGCAACAUGUGAUGACUUUCUCGAAGCUACAUCAAUCUUAUCGCAUCAGUAUGGUAUUCCCAAGAUCCAGCAACCGCAAGACUUCACAUCAUGGGCACACAUGCAUGAUCUUGAGAAGCAGUACUAUACUGCCUAUCAGAAGCUAACUCACAAACUCAACCACUUGAUGUACUUGACCAAAUUGAAAGAGAUUGCUCAUCCCAGUGAAGAUACAACACAGCAGGUUAAUCAGAUCAAACGAGCAAUGGAUAUCGACGAUUUGGAAGAGCUUUUCCUGUUUCUUCAACUUCAAAAUGAUCUCAUCAAGACCGAUUCUUUACUUAAUCGAUUCUUGCUCAUGUCGGCCCCCACACUCAAAGCGAUCAAUCAAGCCAACUUGAAUACAUCAGAGACAAAAAUACUAGAGCAUUUGGGUUUGUUGUAUGAUGAUAAUGGGCUUGUUCAGAAGGUGCAGGAGAUUGAAAACAAGAAGCGCGAUGAAAUGAAUCAAAUACAACAGCACCCAUUUGAAGUAAUUUACACCGAAAUAAAGCCCCUAAUGAAUGAGAUCGAGCAGUUGGAUUUGCAGUUUGAAGAGCUACAGACGAGGUACAUUUCACAGAAGGAAGCACAAGUUGAAGAAAAUGAAGUAGCUCGCGUACAAUAUGCAGAGCUUGUUCAUCGAUGGCACAAACUAGAUCGAUUAUGCAUACUUUUGAUCCUUUUAAUUACAAGUCUACCUUAUGAUUGGCUGAUUGAUGAAUCACUAAUGAAUAUGAUGCUUGAGUUGAAUGCCAUACGAGACAAGUUGAACAAGUACCAGUCGGUUGUGAACAAAGACAACAUAGAAAAUUUCACUAUAAAAGAGUUGAUGGGUUUGGAAUUUUAA